GAAGGUAAAUGUGUUAAUGCAAAGUUUUAUGGACCAUGUGCUCAGUGUAAAUGGUCACUAAAUGUGAUAUCUCUUACUUUGUAACAGCAAAAUAUUUCCAAUUUUAUUUUAUUUUUUUACAUGCCUUUAAUUGGUGAAAAUAUGUCAUAAACAGCCCUAUAAUCAUAUCAUUGAGCACUGGAAGUUUCAUGAUGCCUUUUGUUGCUAUUCUACAUUUGAGACAAAACAAAAUUGUUGUGUUUUCUGGCUCUUGGUUGGUUUUUGUCUGACAGCUCUUUAAAAGAAGACAAAAUGUAAAAGUUGGGAUGGUUUUUAUCCACAACGUGGAUAGCUGUGUAGCUGGUCAUACUUCAUUCCACCAUUUUAGUUAACAAUAGUUUAGAGUGACCAUGAUCUUUUUAUGCCAAUUUGAUUACAUCUUCCUUGUCUUUGAUGGGAGAGUGAGUGUCAUUUCAGUGUCAAAAUAUCCACUAAAGGUUUUAAACAAACAGAUGUAAGUAGCAUAGCCAACCUGACUAAUCGGUCGGGGACUUGGAAAACAAAUGGCUGCGUACUGUUCAUACUGUAUAUAGGUGUGAGUGCCUAAGUACUGACUGAUGGCAAUGAAAUCCACUUACACUGUCUCAUUCCAUUUCUUUUCCACAACAAGUUUGCAUGUUUUCAGAUAUACCAUGUCACUUCCUACUGAAUUUCUGUCAGAGGAGCAGUUUAUCUGCUCUAUUUGCUUGGACAUCUUCAACAAUCCUGUUUCCACACCCUGUGGCCACAGCUUCUGCCUAGCAUGCAUCACAUCCUAUUGGGAAGGCCAGGGAAAAGCCUGCCUCUGUCCUCUGUGCAAGGAGAGCUUCCGCAAGCGCCCUGAGCUCCACAUUAAUCACACACUUAAGGAGAUCACUGAGCAGUUUAAACGGAUGGCAGAGUCUACUGGGAGUCCUAGGAAUGCUGCUGCAGACUCGCCGACCAAUCCUUUAUCUGCUCUGAAGCCAGGGGGACAGCACAGACCAGUAGCCCUCCCUGAUGUGCUAUUUACAGAGAUGAAAAGCCGCUUCCAAAAAUCUGCAUCCAGUGAUUCUGUGCAGCCUUCAUUGGAAUCUUAUUCUCCCCCAGUUUCUGUGACACCUAAACGGAGCCUAAGUGUGAAUAGAACCAACGGAGUUGGUCCCAGUGGGCCACAGUGUCCCAGACAUGGGAAGAGUUUGGAACUAUUCUGCAAGAAUGACCAGGCAUGCAUUUGUUCGGUAUGUGCAGAGAGGGAGCAUCAGGGGCAUUCUGUGGUGAAUGCCAAGAGGGAUAUGAACAUUAAGAAGUCCCAGUUACGUAUAAUGGAGGUCGAGUUGCAAGGUUUGAUCACAGUAAGAGAGAGGAAGAUAGAGGAGAUCCAAACAUCACUUACAGAAAUUCAAGUGAAUGCCGAGCGAGAGGCAGCAGGUACUGUGAGUAUGUUUAGUACAUUGAUGAGUGCUGUUGAGAGGUCCCAGGCUGAGCUUCUGGAGGUGGUGGAGAUGGGACGACGCGCUGCAGAGCUUCGCUCUCAGGCCUUCAUACGAGACCUGCAGAUGGAGAUCUCCGAACUGAGACAAAGAUGCAGCACCCUCAAUCAGCUUGCCCAGUCCCAAGAUCCUUUUACCUUCUUCAAGACAUAUCCAGCUUAUAGUAGUUUCCCUGUGACAAAAAGCUUGGCAGAAGUGGUCUUGACCCCUGAUCCUACUUCAGGGGUAGUGCAAAGGAACGUCACUCAGAUGGUGGAAGAAUUUCAGGAAGAGCUGCGGAGACUGUCAGAGAUAUGUAUGCACUCUCCCACAGAAAACUCACUAGAAAAUGAUCAAACAAAAAUGUGGAGAGUGGCAGAAUAUGCAAUGGACAUAACCCUAGAUCGAGACUCUGCCCAUCCACGUUUGAUCAUCUCUGAGGAUGGUAAACAAGUACGCUGCAGUGACCGCUACCAAAAUGUGCCAGAUAUACCCGAACGGUUUGACCGUGUGGUGUGUGUUCUUAGUUGCCAAGGUUUCAGCUCUGGCCGGCAUUACUGGGAAGUCCAGGUGGGUGAGAAGACAGACUGGGAUCUGGGCAUGGCCAGCCACUCCAUCAACAGGAAAGGAAAAAUAGCUGCCAGCCCAGCUAAUGGAUUUUGGUUCCUAAGUCUACGUGACAAACAUGAUUAUGUCUUUCGCACAGAGCCAUCAUCACCUAUAAACCUACACCAAAAACCCCAGCGCAUCGGUGUGUAUGUGGACUAUGAAAAAGGUCAAAUUUCCUUUUAUAAUGCAGAUACAAAGUCACUGAUUUUUACCUUUACAGACACAUUUUCAGACACUUUAUAUCCUUUCUUCAGCCCAUGCACUAACAAAUCUGGCAAAAAUGAGGCACCCCUUAUUAUAUGCCCUGCCUAUUCAGCUGACCGAAGCUGGCUAACUGAAAAAUAAAACAAUAGGGGAUGGGAAUAAAAAAAAAUAGCACACUUCCCUCCCCCCCCCACCCACCCACCCACCCACGUUAAUUCCAUAUUAAACACAUUGUAAGGAAGUUAGCUUUAGCUGUGUGAUGUCAUAAAAUGUAAAUAUGCCAUUACAAAAUGGGAAGGAAUAUGGGGUUGUUUACUAUUAAGGUGAUUUAUUUUUUUAUUUUUGCUUGAUUUUGUCCAAAAAAAAAAAAAACAAGAAAAAAAAAUAAAAAUGUAAUCCCAUAUAUACAAUUUGAUGAACAAAUAGGAAGUAUAUAGCCUAUGGAAUUACAUUUUUAUAUAUAUACACACACACACACACACACACACACACACACACACACACACACACAAAAUGUUAUUUGGUGCCCUGAUUGCAAAAUUACCUCCCAUUUUUUCUGCAUUUUGCUUGACCAAGCAUAAAAACUAUUUGUGCAUUAUAGUAAAAUAAUUCUUAAAUAUACACAAACAUACAGCUCUGGAAAAGAGACCACUGCAAAAUUCUCUGGAUUUAAUAUUUAUAUGUAUGUGUUUAAGUAAAAUGAAAACAAUUUUAUUCUAUGAAGUACAGACAACAUUUCUUCCAAAUAGAAAGUCAUUUAGAGCAUUUAUUUGCAGAAAAUGACAACUGGUCAAAAAAAAAAAAAAAAAAAAAUCUGUGUUUUCAGACCUCAAAUAAUGCAAAGAAAUUUCAUAUUUAAACACAAUACUAAUGUUUUAACUUAGGAAAAGUUCAGAAAUCAAUAGUAGGUGGAAUAUCCCUGAUUUCCAAUCACACUUUCAUGCAUCUUGGCAUGCUCUCUACCAGUCUUUCACAUUGCUGUUGGGUGACUUCAUGCCACUCCUGGCAUGAAAAUGUAAGCAGCUCGGCUUUGUUUGAUGGCUUGUUACAAUCCAUCUUCCUCUUGAUCACAUCCCAGAGGGGUUCAGGUCUGGAGAUUGAGCUGACCAUGACAGGGUCUGGAUCUAGUGGUCCACCAUCCAAACCUUGAUUGACCUGGCUGUGUGGCAUGGAGAAUUGUCCUGCUGGAAUAACCAGUCCUCAGAGUUGGGGAACAUUGUCAGAGCAGAAAGCAGCAAGUUUUCUUCCAGGAUAACGUUGUACGUGGCUUGAUUCAUGCAUCCUUCACAAAGACAAAUCUGCCCGAUUCCAGCCUUGCUGAAACUUCAUAACUUCACUUUCAUUCCAAAUUUCAUAGUGGGUGCAAGACACUGUAGAUUGUAGGCCUCUCCAGGUCGGUCUAAUCAUUAGACGACCAGGUGUUGGGCAAAGCUGAAAAUUGGACUCAAUCUAGUUCUUAUGAACCACCAUCUUUGACAUUUUAAGAAUGGAAGCAACCUGACGCUCACUGUAUCCCUCUACCAGUAAAGCCAGAAUUGAACCCUUUUCCUCACUGAAAACUUUUCUUUUCAACUCUUUUUGGCAUGGUCAAUAGUUAUUUUUUGAUUCCAAUUACUUUUGAGGUACUACUAGCACUGUUUUUGCAAAAAGAUAGGUGGUUCAGGUGAUAACCUAAUCAGUACCUCAUUAAGUAGAAUGAGGUGUGCUUGUGUCAGAAUUCAACAGACAGUGGAAUGGAAUGGCUGCCAUACAUAUUGAGAUGCUGAUUUAAGAAAAAAUUAGAGUGAUCUGUAUAUACAGGGUUGUGAGGGUUACUUUUGAAAUGUAUUCCACUACAGAUUACAGAAUACAUGCUGUAAAAUGUAAUUUGUAAUGUAUUCCGUUAGAUUACUCAAGGUCAGUAACGUAUUCUAAAUACUUUGGAUUACUUCUUCAGCACUGGUAGAUUUUUUUACUUGUUUUGACUAUAAAAACUCUGCCAGUACAGUAAAACAAAAUACACAUGUUAAAAAUACAUUCUCUGAAAAACCUAAAUAUCUUAUACAAUGUUGUUUCUACAACAAGAUUAAUCAAACUGAUCUUGUUUUAAGGAUUUUUAGAUAUUUUUACAGGAAUUCAAUACCAAAAUUAUCAAGAAUAUGAUUUUUGUCCUAAUGUCAAAGGUCUUACUAGAAAAAAGAAAUUAUGAUUCUUGAUAAAAAAAUAUGAUUGUGCCUUGUAACGUGCAUGUAAAAUGGCUAGAAAUAGUAUUUUAGCUUAGCGUAAAGCUGACAGUUUACACAAGGUUUAUUUCUGUUUCUUGUGCUCCAAACUUACUUCAGACUUACUUCUCUGUCUGCUCCUUUGAAUGUAACACAUCAUAAGAAAGUGUUUCACUGCUGUUCAAAUGCACUUUGGAUCGCAUCAUUUAUAUGUAUAAAUGUUUCCCAUCUGAAAUGACUAAAUAUUAAAUGAAACAAAUGACAAUAAAAUGCAAAGUAAUCUCUUCAGUAAUCAAGAUACUUUUUGAAUGUGACUGUAUUCUAAUUACCAAUUAUUUAAAUUGUAACUGUUGUGGAAUACAGUUACUAAUAUUUUUUAUUUUAAAUAUGUAAUCCCGUUACAUGUAUUCCGUUACUCCCCAACCCUGUAUAUACAUAUAUAUAUAUAUAUAUAUAUAUAUAUAUAAAUAUAAAUUAAAACUGUAUGU